AUGUCACCAUAUGAUUACAAAGGAAAUAAUGAACCAUCAUGGACACAAAAUUAUCAAGAUAGACUACCACCUUAUUCUCCUGUUCAACAGCCACAAUCUAUUCCAAUCGCAGCACCUACUGGUGAUGAUCCUGUAUCUUGUGUAUGUCCAUAUUGUCGUCAAACAGUUAUUACGAGAGUUGAAAAAACAAAUGGUUUAGCUGUAUGGCUUAGUGUAAUUGGACUUUGCCUUGUUGGAUGUGUAUUUGGUUGUUGUCUUAUUCCAUUUUUCGUUGAUUGUUUCAAAGAUACAACUCAUUACUGUGCUAAUUGUAAUCGAAUGCUUCGACAAAAAAAAGCAUUAUAA